GCGGCCAGGAAGCGGAACCCAGGCGCGCGCGCCCCUGCUUCUGGCCGGGCGCGGGUCCUGGUGCACCACGGGCGCGCCGCACCGGCCAGCAUGGAGGAAGGCGGCGAUUCCGAGGCGACCCCUGGUUGCAGCGGCCUGGGCCCGGGCGGCGUUCGCAGUAGCGGCGGCGUUCACACGUGGGCCCCUGAGGACGCCUGGAUGGGCUCCCACCCUAAGUAUUUAGAAAUGAUGGAAUUAGAUAUAGGAGAUGCCACCCAAGUUUACAUAGCAUUCUUGGUUUACCUGGACCUCAUGGAGAGUAAAAGUUGGCAUGAAGUGAACUGCGUGGGAUUGCCAGAACUCCAGCUCAUCUGCCUUGUGGGUACCGAGAUAGAAGGGGAAGGGUUACAGACCGUGCUGCCUACGCCCAUCACUGCUUCCCUCAGCCAUAACAAGAUAAGGGAGAUCUUGAAGGCAUCGCGAAAAUUGCAGGGUGAUCCAGAUUUGCCAAUGUCUUUCACUUUGGCCAUAGUGGAGUCUGAUUCUACAAUAGUCUAUUAUAAACUUACCGAUGGAUUUAUGCUGCCAGACCCUCAGGUCAGUUUUGAGAAUAUUUCCCUAAGAAGAUGACAUCUGUACUUCACGAUACAUAUUUUAUUCAUACGAGAUUGGAUUUGAGACUGAUCAGUGUGCUUCAUCUUUCACUUCAGAUAGUCAGGGUUGACUUAGGUCGACUCGUCAAGAUUGACUUUCCACUUCCGUAAGAGUUUCUUUCUGAAGAAUAAAACUUCCCCAGAUAGAAGAAUUUUUUUCCUUAAAAAAUAAAGGUAGUUGCUCUUAGAACUUUCUUAUCUAGAGACAGUUUAAUUACAGUUGUAUACAGGUCUAUGCCUAGGAUGUGUUCAAGGGGGUGGAACCCGUAUGCUGCUUCUGUCAUCCCACACCCGUAGCUGCCUUUGUUCAUUGCUGCCACUGCUAGCUCGUUUUGGAGACCGCCACCUCUUUCUCUUACUCAUCUCUCCCAGUGCCUUUUGGCCGCUGCAGCUAGCUUGGAAUGGCAUUUCAUACACACCUUGACACGUGGAGAAUUUAUCUCCACCUGCUUUUUCAUCCCCAAUAGAAAGUAAAAGAUUUCUUUCAUUUGGUCUUCCUGUUGCAAUUAUUGUUACUUCCCUCUUUGGUUGACUUUAAAUCAAAACUAAAAAUAUGUUCAUUCAGAGUGUAAACUUAUGUGUCGAGAAUAAUAGGGACCAGAGAAGUGCUGUCUACACGAGUAUUAGGUAUUCCUUUCCAUUCUUAUCAUCACCACCUUUAUUAUAGCUAAAUAUUACAAGAAAGAUAGUGUAGGACACUAUCAGCCUUAAAAAUGUUUUUAUUAAUUAGACCCAUUUAUUCUACUUUUGUUAAUAUCUUCCAAUUAAGUUGUCCAAAGUAUAAAAAUUUUAUGUCUAAAGAUGUUUCAAAUGGCAUUACUUUUAAUAGCUCAAAUCAUAAACCACAUAAAAGUUUAGGACAGGGCUCAGCAAACUUUUUCUAUAGAGGGCGAGGAAGUAAAUACUUUAGGCCUUGCAGGCCUUCCUGUCCCUGUCAUAACUUGUCAACACUGCUGGUUGUAGCACAAGAGCAGCCGUAGACACUAUAUAAACAAAUAGCCUUGGCUGUGUUCCAAUAAAACUUUAUUUACAAAUGUGGGACCAUAAUUUGCCAUCCUCUGGUCUAGGAAAUACUCAAUAAACAGAUACAUAUGAAUAGCACA